AAAUGGGUAGAAAUAUAAAAAGGCCAGAACAUGUGAGAAUCUACUGUUUAUCAAAAUGCCCACAUUCCAACAAUACCCUCUCCUGGUGCUUUUCUUUGGAUGGACUCUUGCAGAAAAUAACCCAGUAAAAUUCCAAGGGAAAACUGAGUGUGGUGGAAUUCUGAGUGAGCCUUACAAAGCAUUGCCAAUUGAAGUAAAUGAGAAUGAGAGCUGCACAUGGUAUAUAGAAAAAGAUGUGGAUCAAAAUAUUCGACUAAUUUUCUCUUAUUUCCAAUUUAAUCCAUUAUCAACCUGUGAUAGAGAAAAUAUUAUAAUAUAUGAUGGUCCUUCAGCUAACUCAUCUCUUCUUGGACAAAUAUGCAAUAGCCACGAGUCUGUUCCUGUAUUUGAGUCAUCCUCAAAUGCUUUAACAUUUCGCUUAUCAACAGACUCCACAGCUUUCAAAAGGAUAGUCUUUGCAUUUUAUUAUUUCAUUUCACCUGAAUCAGCCACAAUUGAAAACUGUGGGGGCAGACUUCACAGUCCAGAUGGAUCAUUCACCAGUCCUAACUACCCCAAGUCACACCCAACGUUUGCCUAUUGUGUCUGGCACAUACAAACAGAAGCAAAUACCAGGAUAAAUUUAAUAUUCAGUGACUUUUUCCUAGAAAUGGAUGAAAACUGCAGAUUUGACUUUGUUGCCAUUUAUGAUGGUGCAACAACCAACUCUGGUUUAAUUGGACAAGUAUGCGGCCUUGUCAAGCCAACAUUUGAGUCUUCUUCCAACUUUAUGACUGUUGUGCUGUCUACAGAUUAUGCCAAUUCUUACAGGGGCUUUUCUGCUCACUACACAAGUAUACCAAUACCAACACCACAGCCCAACACAUCUCUCACAUGUUCUUCAGACAUGAUCACAGUCAUUCUCAGCAAGUCUUAUUUGGAUUCACUUGGCUACAAUGAAAAUGACUUAGCGCUGAAUGAUCCAGCUUGCAGACCUAAUGCCUCAAACCCAGUGAUGUUUUCAUUUCCAUUCAACAGCUGUGGCACAAUUAAAGAGAGCCAAAAUCACACCAUUUCUUAUACCAACACCAUCACAGCAUCCCCAGCAGGUGAUGUGAUCACCCGCCAAAAGCGCAUUGAGAUUAUUGUGAAAUGUAUAAUGGAAAACAAUUCAACUGUAGAAGUCAUGUACGUAACAGAAGAGGAACUCCCACAGAACACAAGUGCUCUGGGUAGAUACAACCUCAGCAUGUCUUUCUAUGAGUCUGACUCAUUCUCCAGUCCCAUACUCAGUUCUCCAUACUACGUCAACUUGAACCAAACUCUCUAUGCACAAAUCAAUCUGCAUUCCAGUGAUACUAAUUUGGUAGUGUUUGCGGACACGUGUAUAGCAUCACCAAACUCUGAUCUGGGAUCACCAAACUACGAUUUAGUCAGAAGUGGCUGUGCCAAAGAUAACACAUACAUGGCCUACCCGCUCCUUGAACAUUAUGGGAGGUUCAGGUUCAAUUCCUUCAAAUUCCUGCGGCACCAUCCAUCUGUCUACAUCCACUGUGAAGUUUUAAUUUGUGACAGCAAAGAUCCUAAUUCUCGCUGCACUAAAAACUGCAUCUCUCGCCAUAAAAGAGAAGUUUCUUCCUACAAAUGGAAAGGGGAUGCAAUGGUGGGACCUCUCAGAUUAAAAAGAGAUCAGAGUUCUGUAGCUCGCUCAGGUUCUGCUGCUCAAGUGCAUCCUGAAAAAAGCCAGGAUGGGCGGGCCAAAGGCCUGUAUAUCCUUACCUCUCUUGUGUUGGUAACCAAUGCUGUCCUUCUGGUUGGUCUGGCAGCAAAGCAUUUCAUCAGUUGGCAACAAGGAUACAGAUAUCAGAAACUGCAAAGCUAUUGAUAGGCAUAUUGCAACUUGCUUCAGUAUGAAUCCCC